GCUUCAACUACCUGUGUGGGCGGGCUGAGGCUAAGUGUGUGUGUAUGCGUGUGUGUGUGUGUGUGUGUGUGUCCGCGCGCAGCUUGCGGGGUGUCUGCACUCUUCGGGGUGGCCUCCCGCACUGUCCCUGACUAUGGGUCUCAGAUGUAUGUUGUCCCUACCCCGACUGGAUGGGUGCGGGUGUAGAGGACAGACCCUGGCUCCUUCCGAUACCAGAAUCUUUGGGUUUUCUAGUCUGAGCCUGGUCCCCACUUGAGUGACCUCGCUUUGUCUAUAGGUCUGUUUCCUUAGUUGGGCCUUGCCCACUUCGGAGGAUCAUACUGUUUUUUGCAAGUCAUAAAGGCCCAUCUAGUAGUUACUGAAGAGUACCGUUGCGAUUGCGUCCCACACGGGUGUCGAUUCGGAAAGGGCAGGAGUGAGUCCCGCAAACUCGUGUGGGUGGGGUCCAUUCCGUGUGUCAGUGCUCCUUCGUUACGUGUGCCUUUGCCCGCGGGCCUGCGGUAUGUGCAUUGUAACAUGCAGGUCUGUGAGAUUUGCUGUGAGUGUGAGGUGUGUGUCUGCAGUUGGCCGGGUCUUCCGCUUUCUCGGUGACAGUUCACUCCCUUCAGCAUUAGCCGCCCCAGCCUCCCUUCGCCCCCACAGACCCCGCCCGCUGGACCCAGACAGCGUGGAGGAUGAAUUUGAGCUGUCCACCGUAUGUCACCGGCCUGAGGGUCUGGAGCAGUUGCAGGAGCAAACUAAGUUCACACGCAAAGAGUUGCAGGUCCUCUACCGGGGCUUCAAGAACGAAUGUCCCAGCGGAAUUGUCAAUGAGGAAAACUUCAAGCAGAUUUACUCCCAGUUCUUUCCUCAAGGAGAUUCCAGCACAUAUGCCACUUUUCUCUUCAAUGCCUUUGACACCAACCAUGAUGGCUCAGUUAGCUUUGAGGACUUUGUGGCUGGUUUGUCAGUGAUUCUUCGGGGAACUAUAGAUGACAGGCUGAACUGGGCCUUCAACCUGUAUGACCUCAACAAGGAUGGCUGCAUCACCAAGGAGGAAAUGCUUGAUAUCAUGAAGUCCAUCUAUGACAUGAUGGGCAAGUAUACAUAUCCUGCACUCCGGGAGGAGGCCCCAAGGGAACACGUGGAGAGCUUCUUCCAGAAGAUGGACAGGAACAAGGAUGGCGUGGUGACCAUUGAGGAAUUCAUUGAGUCAUGUCAAAAGGACGAGAACAUCAUGAGGUCCAUGCAACUCUUUGACAAUGUCAUCUAGCUCCCCAGGAGGGGGGUCAGUUGUCCUGGGGUUCAUGCUCUAGUCCUAGUCCUGGUGGACCUCACCCUUCUCUUCCCAGGUCUGUCCUCAUCUUAGCCCUACCCUGGGGGCUGUUGGGAUCCAAGAGCCUGGGGAUUCAGCGGUCCAGAUUGCUGGUGCAGAAUGGGCCAAGGAGUGGGCAGAGCACAACCACAGGGUGUUCCAACUCCAGCAGGUCCCACCUCCUUCCUGCCUAACAUUCAGUGCUGAGGGUGCCUCUGCUGUAGGAACCGAGUGGUUCUCCACCUCCCAACCCCACUCUAGAACCACAAUAGCCACAAUGUCUCCUGCUAUGGUGCUUUUCCCAUCCCUGAUCCCAUAAACAUUUCCCCUAAGACUCCUUCUCAAAGAGGAUGCUCUGUCUUGGCACUGACUUUUUAGCUAGCCUUUGAGAUACUUGUAGGAGGAAUGUAGAGGGAGGAACCAGCGGUUAGGUCCUGGGAGGCAGCUGGAGUCAAGAGCAGAAGUCCUGGUGAUUAUCAGUAAGAGCUCAGGCACGCCAGGCUGAAGUUCUGAGCCCCGCAGGUCUGUCACCUCACACCACAGAAUAGGAGUUUCCAGAUUCUUCAAAAGACAUAAUGCCCAAGAGAGCCUGGGAUCCUAGUGUCUGGCUCAACCACAGAAUUCUUUCGUCUCCUUUUCUGUUUAUUGUGGGAGUGGCAGCAGGGGAAAGUGGGUGGGAGAUAUCCUGGAUGAUCCUUGCCAAAAUUUCAGCCUACCUUCCCUGACAACUACAACUUGAGUUUUCAUUUAGCAUUUCCUCUAGACUUGGAGGCAUGAAGUAGUAAUUCAGGGACCAUCCAGUGGAUGCCUUAGAAGAUAAGGGGAAGAGGGAGGGAGGCAUAGCAUCUGAACCCAGCAUGGGUUCAUGGGGGCAUUCAUUAGCAUCUUGGGUGAACCCAGGCUCUAUUCCAACUCCCCACAUAGCCUUAGUUUCCACCUAGGGUCUCCCCUUGCCCUAUUCAACCUACCCAGAGAUGCCCCGAGCAUACCUAGAAGGCAAGGCCACAGGACCCAGGGCCCACCUCCUUGUCAGAACUCCUGCCAUGCUGCCACUCUGAAUAGACCUGCUUGUCCCAUUUAGCUCAUUCUACCAGUCUGCCAGGGUCUGAGGGGUAGGGUCCCCCAGAGCCCCUUUCCUAUCAGAAUACUGUUGACUGCUUUGCAUUUUUGACUCCUCUGUAUAUUUUGUAAAAGAAGAAAAAACAGAUCCAAUAAAACACAAUGGCUAUGCAC